AUAUGUUAGAACUAGGCCCAGUCUAUAACAUGCAAUAAUAAGCCACCUUUUCAAUGGGUUUAUUUUUUAUGGCAAAAUACACACAUCCCUAAAUGUAAUCUAAACAUUCGAAGUUAAUAUCCUGUGAGUCAGAGUAAAUUGUGACGCAAAUCAAGUCUCGUGAACUAUAUGUACACUGUAAAAAAUUCCUGUAAAUUUACAUGGAAAUUUAACAGCAAAUUACUGUUUCCAUGUAAUAACAGCAUUUUGCUUUUUUUUACAAUGCAUUAUGGGAAGACUUGUUCACUUCGGGUUGCGUGGUCGAUCAACAACAAUUUGACACUGUUAUUUAACAGUAUUAUACCCUAUUUUCAUCCAAUGAGCACAAGGCGCCAGUUUGGAAUAUCAGAUUGAGGUAGGUUUGCAACUUAUUAUUUUAUUAUCUUUAAAUGACCUAUUACUUUAAAAUAUAACAUCUUAAACUUCUAAUAAAGCUUCUGUGAUUUAAAUCAGAUGCCUCAAUUAAAUUAUGUGUUUUAACUUAACGUUAUAGGCAAAUAAUUGGUCGACGGAUCCCAGACUGCCAUCAUACAGCCAUCUUUAUUACACAAACACAGAAAGACAUCAGCUUCUGCAGGCGUUUCUUCAUGCUGGUGAGCUCUUCCCUCCUUCUAUUGUAGCAGAAAAGGCAACAGAGUUUGUGGUGAGUGACUACAAUGAUGUCAUAAGAGAGUCUGUAUCUGGAUAUGAUUUUCAGCCUGAAAAUUCUUUGGUUUCUCAUGAGGCAACUGUGAAAGGCACAACAUACAAAAAAAACAUGUAUGUUGUCAUUCAUGAAACUGAUGAGGGGCUUAUUGUGGGGAGGAUUGUGAUGACAGUCAUACACAAUACUUCAGUGUACUUCAUCACAGAACUUUUCCAAACUUACAGUAUCCCUGACAUGGGUGUUCAUUGCUUGACACCAAUGAAUGGAUCCUACACUUGUGUUAAUCAGAAUGACCUUCUGGAUUAUUAUCCAUUGUCAAAAUACACAGUGUUUGAUAUGUCUGUAAUAGUUCUUCAUCAUUCUUUUGUCUCAAUUUAAAGCAAUGUCCGCCUUGGUCGGAGAACUGAGGGAAAUCAUCCUCAGGGCUUUGCCGUCAAAUGAUGAGAACACCACACAGCUUUUGAUUGACAAACUUGUAGGCUCGGGAUUGGAAUCCAAAGAUGAUCUUCAGUUUGUUCAACAAGAAGACAUCAGUGACAUACUACCAACUAUAAAACUCAGAAAACUUCUCAAUGCUUUUAAAAUGGAGUCAGAAACUGUCACUUUGGAUCUCACCACUAUGCAGCACACUCCUUCCUUAUCAGCUGGGAGCUCCUCACCACAGCCAUGCUCUUCUAAUAUGUCGGUAACUACUGAUGGAGGAUCAAGCAGUCUUGAAAACAGUCAACCAUCUACAUCCCAUUUUAGGAAAUCGUGGUCAAAUACCUUUCAGGUACCAUGGCAGCUCAUGCCUGCAGAAAUUCAGUCUGCUCUCUCUUCUGGGAAGAGACCUUCACCACCAGCAAGAAGACAAAUGGUCAGGGUGCUUGCCGAUGAAAUGAGAAAAUUUGAGCCAACACCAACACGUGCACAGUGUCUUACUAUUUGUAAAGCGAUUGUCCAUCAAUAUCCCCAGAGCUUUGCGGAUCAACUUCAUGAUGGCCGAGUUGUAGGGGAAGGUUACAGCUCACUUUUGGCCCAGAUCAAGAAUAGAAUUGAUAACCUCAGCCGGGCCACUAGCUUCCGACAGCACCGGUCAGCUGCCAGUGGUCUUAAAAGAGGACCCACUGACACAUAUGGUUGCACCCGGUUUCAGCCUGAUCUUCCUUUAGAUGAGACUGAUGUCUCCAUUGAGACUAAACGUAAGAAGCUGGAGGAUCUAUUCUGUCAAGAAGGUGCAAAGGGAGCUGAGAAAGCUGAGGUUGAAAAACUGAUGGAGACAACUUUCUGCCUGCAACGGAGCCAAAUAAAUAGUGUGCCAGCACCUUCUGUUGCGGAGUUGAUGGAAAAGUGGCCAUACCUCUUUUUUCAGAAAGGCCUGUUCGCCCAUUUUGAGCUGCUCACUGACAUUAAUGUCCUGCGUGCACUUGAACUUUCUAUGGAGGAGUGUGGAAAGAGCAUCUUAGAGUUUUUUAAAAGCAAGCCUACCAACUCAGAAGUCAAGUCAAUCCUUUCCAAAGAUGAACCCAUUGAUUCAACAUACCAAAUUGUUCAACUCCUAAUGGCUCACUUCAUGGAAAAGCAAGAUGGACUCAUUCUUCAAGAAAAUAUGUCUGCCACUCCUGCUGACCUCGAAAAGAUGGGGAACCUGCCUGUGAGUCCUCGUUUGAUCCUGCUUGGUGAUAAUCCGGGCCAAUGGAUGAAACAAUGGAUGAUCAGCCUCGAAGGCCGAAUAAUCUGCGAGGGUGUGCAGCCAACCUUUAUCUCUGGACUUGCUGCAUUGUUCUCUUCGUAUUACAUUUUUAAUUUGCAGUACCAAGAGGAAGCAGCAUCCACACUAGAAUUCCUUCAAAGACGUUUUGUUGGAAUUAAUCCAGAAAAGGGGACCAAAGCUGCAAGGGGAAAGGUGAUGUCCAAAAAAUCUGGGAAAACCGUGCAGAAGAAGACCAUAACCGUCAGUAACAAAGUUUCAAAUCUUUUAAAAAGACUUAUGGACUUUGAGUGGCACUUCAUUUAAAAUGUACCUGACACUCCCCACUCAUGCAGUUUGUUUUCAGAAACAUUGUCAUCUGGUGUUAUAUUUUGUUUAUACAGAGUUAUUUAGAUAUUAAAAAAGGCUGGUGUUUUUUAAAGCCUGAUUUAAGAGUUUUUAUUUAUUUUUAUUAUUAUUUAUUUUAAAUAAUUACUUUGUCUUAGUGCAACUGUUUUUGGGCUAAUGUUUGCCAAAGCCUCAUUUGACACUAGAUUUGUAUUUUAUAUAGAGGUAAGUCAAUUCUAUAUAUUUUGUAUUUGUUUGCUUUUUCUUAAGCCAUUUUUGCAUUUUGAUGGGUGCUUAAUUGUAUGCACUGAAUAGUACUUGACUAGUAUUUUUUUAUUUGCCUAUUUUAGUUUAAAAUAAUUGAGCAGAAUUUAUCUGGUGUUGUAUCAGAAUAAUAAAAAAAAA